GACUCCACCCUGCUCUUCACUGUUCCAGGAAAUGUUCUUCAGUGCUGCUUCACAUCUGUGAGCUGCAGCUUCACACUCCGCAGAGCAGAGCUGACAGCAGACGGAGCAGCUUCAUUAUUAACCCUUUUUACACUCUCUUCACUUCUUUGGGGGUUUUUUUUGGAAACACAGAGGGCGUGGCCGACAGUGGAAACCAUUCCAGUUUCCUCACUUCACCGCUGGGAAUAAUUACCUCCAUAUUGUUUCUCUCGUUGGCAUCUCUUACUCGGUGAAAUGUCCAGGUCAGACUACCCUCCAGGGUACGACGACUCCCGGGGACCGCUGUAUGCACCUCAGGGUGGGAAUUACCCACCACCUCCUGCAUAUGGCUUCCCUGGCUAUGGUGGUCCCCAGCCAGGCCAGCCCUCUGCUCCCUACCCCAGUGGUCCAAACGCUCCCAUGUAUCCAGGCCAGCCAGGGGGCUAUCCUCCCGGCCCGUACCAUGGACAGCCGCACCCUGGCGGGCCUCCAGGACCCGGAUACCACAGUCCCCCUCCCAUGCCUCCUGUCAUGCCACCGACCUUGCCAUCAGAUGUCCUGAGCUCUGGUGGUGAUGGGUUUGCGGCAAGCGGCAGCGGUUUUGACGAUCUGAGCAUCCGGCAUGCCUUCAUCAGGAAGGUGUAUCUGAUUCUGGCUGUUCAGCUCCUCGUCACCACAGCCAUCGUGGCCGUGUUCACAUUUGUCAAACCCGUCAAAUAUUUCGUAAGGCGAAACAAAGCCAUCUACUGGACUUCAUACGCUGUGUAUAUCGUCACCCACCUGGUGCUGGUCUGCUGUAAGGGCCCUAGGAGGAAGUUCCCGUGGAACGUCAUCCUGCUGUCAGUCUUUACCCUGGCUCUGUCGUACAUGACUGGAUCGAUCUCCAGUUACUACGAUACAAAAGCAGUGUUUCUUGCUCUGGGGAUCACUGCAGUCGUCUGCAUCGCCGUCACCAUCUUCUGCUUCCAGACAAAGGUGGACUUCACCAAGUGCCAGGGACUUUUCUGUGUCCUGGGGAUCGUAGUAUUUGUGAUCGGCAUCAUAACAACCAUUGUGCUGUCAUUCAAAUAUAUUCCAUGGCUUCACAUGCUUUACGCAGCCAUUGGAGCCAUAGCCUUCACUCUGUUCCUAGCAUACCACACACAGCUGCUGAUAGGGAACAGGAAGCACUCCAUCAGCCCGGAGGAGUACGUGUUCGCCGCGCUCUCCAUCUACGUCGACAUCGUCCAGAUCUUCCUUUUCCUGCUGCAAAUCAUCGGUGCCUCGACCAAAUAAAUCUACCAAAGGGUACACAACCGACUUGGGUCAACAAAACGCACGCAGGCGCCUGCAAAAACCAUUCCAUGCUUUUAAAAACCUUUUUGUGUUCAGUCAGAAUCAGGAUACGUUUAUAAAAUCAUGAUGCACUCCGAUGAAAACGUCAAAGGGCUGAAAUUCAGAUUUUGUCACAGGUUAAUCCUGUGCACAAAAAAAUGCACUUUUUUUCCUGAAACUAAUAUUUGUCUAUAUCUGCAUUAAGCAACUUACCAGUGGUUUAAAAAGAAUAUUAAUACUACAGUAUAAAUACAGCAAAUACCUAUAGACACUGGAUCGCCAGCUGCAACAUGUAUUCACUCUCGCUGGACUUCAGUUAAGGCGGACAGUGUCUCUCUGCAUGUAGAUGUAAAGUCAUCCAUGACCUCAGGCCCGUCUGUAUAAAUGUUGUUUCUUCUAAUGUUCAAACUCCAGUUCGCCGACAGAGACCCAUCUCUGGUUGGCUUUGACGUACAGUAGAGGGGUGGGCAAUACCACAAAAGCAAAAUUUGGUUUAGAUUGGGUACCAAGUUAUAGCAGGGCCACGAUAAUGAUGGUACAUAUCAUAAUUUACGAAUAAUAGGCUACUUCUGAAUCAAUUUUGAUUACCAAAGACAUAAGGAAUUUCUUUCUACUUUGAAUAUUAAUAUUCUCUGUUUAUUACUGAAAGGAAUAGUUCCACAUUUUGGGAAAUUUGUAUGAAAAGAUUGAUACCACUCAUGUCUGUCCGCUAAAUGUAAACCUACAGCCUGCAGAGGUGGAGGAGGAGCUUGGAGCUUUUACUUAAGUGUCAAGUGUAGAAAUACUCGAUUACAGUGGUUCCCAACUGUGGGUCGUGGUGGGUCUAUUCUAAAUGGACUGCAAGUGACUCUCAAAUGUGUCGUUUGAAAAAAAAACAAACAAAAAAAAAACGAAGAAAAACACACAGUUUUUAACUGCAGUGAAUUUCUGAAACAAAGCCAUAUCUCAAUUCAGGGACUGUAGCCUUCAAAGACCGAUUGCAUCACAUCAUCACAUCGGCGCCACCAAGUCUGUCCCAUUUCAAAGGCUCCGUCAAAUGCGGCCGACAAAUGUAGCAUUCUUUCCCAGAAUCUGGAGGAUUCAACGGAUGAAUCCUUCGUGGCCCAGCCUAUCCCAAGAUGCAUUUCGUGCCGGUGACGAUUAUAGUUAAGUUAACUGACAGUUGUUACCUAUCUAACAGUUAACUGUUGCUAACAUUACUAUUAGCUAAAAGUACACAGCUUAAAUGUAAUGAGUUUGCCUGAAAACGGUCCAUCAGCCUGAACUAUAUCAAACGGCGGUGUCUCAGUAUUAAAUUAAAAAGAAAAAUUCAUAUAAUAACAAUCUCUGGGUCCGUGAUUUAGGGCUAACUAACCUACAACAACGGGUCAGGGCGAGAACAACUGGUGAUGCAACCAGGAAAUCCUCCGCGGACCAGACUGUCCCAUUUCGGAGACCGUUCGGUUUGGCUGAUGUCGACCGUGAAGGCCACAUCCCUCAAAGGCAGCAGCCCCUGAAUUGAAACACGGCCAAAGGGACAGCUACUUAACAAAGACGGCAAACCAGCCCAAAGCCAUGGCCACACGCAAGUAUGACGCUGAAUGUGUUAAACUCUGUGGGCCUUGGACUAAUGACUAAGUAGAAAUCUGGACCAGUUGGGAACCACUGCUCUAUUACAUGGUAAAGUUCCUGCACUUGAGAAAGUAAAUCAGCAUAUUUCUGAAAUUAUUUAGCUUUAAUUCUACAGGUACGCAUGUUGGAAGGCAAAACAGGCUUUAAUGGUAAUUAGUAAUUGAUGUGAUCAUGGGGGGGCAUGCACAGAACAGCAGCUGGCAAGCUUACUAAGACUUUAGUGCCUAAAACGUGAUGCUACAUAUGGUAUUGAUCCCUAUGAUGUUAGUAUGGAUAGUCAAAACUACAUUUGUUUCGGCAGGAUUGAUACUUUGGUGAUUGAUCUGCCCACCCCUGAAGUACAGCUCAGUACACAUUAUGACAGCAUCAGAUCUGCUGUCACCGCUUCAUAUUUACAAGCCUUUGCUGGUGGUUUAAUAUGUUUCUAACUAUAAACAGUCUACAUCACUACAGUGCCUUCACAAUGAGGAUGUUUCUGAGAUUAGAUUUUUUUACUUUAAGAAGUACAGGGUUAUACUCCACAAGCUUUUAUAGUAUUGUUACAUAUGUGUCUGUUUAUAUAUUCUCAUGUUACAGUCAGAUACGGAGUGCCAGCAGGGGGUGUUUUUCUCACAGGAUAACACAAUCAGUGCCUUGGUGUUAAAUUAUUGGAACAUUCCCGAGAGUCGGUGAGUUCCAGCUCAUGUGGCAUUGUCCAAAAGCUCCUGAAUGAUCAACCCCGCCCAUCUGGUCCUCAUGUGCACACUCAUACACACAUACAACCCUUGACUCGAAACAGCUAAGGCAGACAUUUUGAAUAUGCAGCACAGCUGGUCAGUGUGGGGGAUGGGUUUGUAAAUAUACAUAUCAAUGAUUAGGAAAAUUUGUUUGCCUUUUGGUAUCAAAUAAACAUUUGUAUUUGUGA